AGCCGAGUACUUGGCACCGAGUGAAGGCAGCAACUGUGAUCUCCCUAAGGGUGUGACCCUGGGCGGAGACCCUGGGGAGGAGCAGCGCGGCGUCCUGGCGUUACCCGCGGCUAUGGGGUCUGGGGGUAAAGGUGGAGUCACAGGCCCCGCCCCCUCCCCCUACUCCGCCCCAGGGCUGGCUCCGCGUGGUUCUCACAGGUCCGGGAUCUGCGGUGGUCUCCAGGCGGCUCCACGCUGAGGUGGUGCUGCAGGGAGAAAAGCCCCAAAAGACUUCAGCCUGGAAAAGAGCAAGGAACGCUCCCGGGAGACAGAACUGGCCUCUCCCGGUUUACGACCGGCUUCCGACAACUAGCCUGGGACUCAGAAUCCCGAAGUGCCAAACGACAAGUGAGCCGCGCCAGAAGGAAAGGACCGGUCGCCUCCCAGCCCGCCAUGGCGGCGCCCGCCCGCAGACUGUGCCACAUCGCCUUCCACGUGCCCGCCGGACAGCCCCUCGCCCGCGACCUGCAGCGCCUCUUCGGCUUCCAACCCCUUGCGGUGCGGGAGGCAAACGGCUGGCGGCAGCUGGCUCUGCGCAGCGGUGAUGCCAUCUUUUUGGUUAACCAGGGCGCGGGGCCGGCGGAGCCCCUGUACGGGUUGGACCCGCAUCACGCUGUGCCCAGCGCCACGAAUCUGUGCUUCGACGUGGAGGAUGCCGGCGCCGCCUCCCGGGCGCUGGCCGCUAGGGGCUGCAGCUUGCCAGUGCCCGCUGUGAGCGUGCAAGAUGCGCAGGGAACCGCCACCUACGCCGUGGUCAGCUCACCUGCCGGCAAUCUCAGCCUGACCUUGCUGGAGCGUGCCGGCUAUCGCGGACCUUUCCUGCCCGGCUUCCGGCCGGUGACCUCUGCGCCAGGCCCCGGCUGGGUCAGCCACGUGGACCACUUGACCUUGGCCUGCAACCGUGGCAGUUCCCCCACACUUUCGCGCUGGUUCGAGGACUGCUUGGGUUUUCGCCACUUGCCACUGAGCCCAGGUGAGGAUCCAGAGCUGGGCCUCGAGGUGGCAGCAGAGUCCGGGUGUGGGGGACUGCGGCUCACCGCCCUGCAGUCCCCAGUGGGCAGCGCCGUCCCUACCCUUGUGCUGGCUGAGUCCCUGCGGGGGGCCACAAACGAGCAGGACCAGGUGGAGCAGUUCCUGGCCCACCACAGGGGGCCUGGGCUGCAACACGUAGGGCUCUACACGCCAAACAUCCUGGAGGCCACUGAGCAGGUGGCACUGGCCAAGGGCCAGCUCCUGACUCCUCCUAAGGCCUACUACCAGCAGCCAGGCAAAGAGGAACAGAUCUUAGCCUCAGGGCACAAGCCUAGCCUUCUGGCCCAACAAGGAAUCCUGCUAGAUGGCCAUGCAGGCAAGUUUCUACUUCAAGUCUUCACCAAGUCCCUCUUUGCUGAAGACACCUUCUUCCUGGAGCUGAUUCAGAGGCAGGGGGCCACAGGCUUUGGCCAGGGCAACAUCAGGGCCCUGUGGCAGUCCGUGCAGGAACAAGCUGCCAGGGGCCAGGAAGACUGAGGGCCAGAGCUGGGUGCAGCCACCUGCCCGGGAACUCAGGAAUACAUCCGCACACACACAAGGCCUGGAGAGUGAAAAGCGUUGCCGUCGGGGGGCAGGUGUGGCUUCCAUCUCAUCAGGAUGUGCCAGAAGUUGAGACUCAGACUGGGCUCCAAAGAGGUGGGAUUUUUUAAAAAAAAUAUAAGACUUUUUUGGGGCCAGUGCUGUGGCACAGUUGGUUAACCCUCCACCUGCAGUACCAGCAUCCCAUAUGGACACCAGUUCGAGUCCCGGUUGCUCCACUUCCAAUCCAGCUCCCUAAUUGCCUGGGAAAGCAGAAGAUGACCCAAGUCCUUGGGCCCCCUGUACCCACACGGGAGAUCCAGAUGAAGCUCCGGGCACCUGGUUUCAGAUUUGCCUAGCUCAGGCUGUUGCAGCCGUUGGGAGUCAACUAGUGGAUGGAAGACCUAUAUCUCUCCCUCUCUGUAGCUCUGCCUCUCAAAUAAAUAAUCUUAAAAAAAAAAAAGACAUUUCUUACACAGUCUAAUACAUAUGCAAGAUAUAAA